AGGAAAAAGGGAGGGGAGGGAGAGAGAGAGAGUACAGAGAGACUGACUGGUGGCAGUAUUUAGUUUACUUGGAUUUGAUUCAGCAAAAACGAAAAAGAGAAGGUUUGCUUGGAUUUGUUUUGCAGCCUUAGAAAACCAGACCCAAAAAGCUCAGAAGCUACCGCAAAGCCAUCAACCAUGUUCCGGCAAGCGUCACGCCUCUUGGCUCAAACUCUGAGGGCUGGAGUGAGACCCUUCUCCUCGGAUCUUCCGGCCGCCCCCACCUCCGACUCGGCCUUCAUCGAGUCGUGGAAGAAGGUCAUACCCAACAUUGAACCUCCCAAGACUCCCUCCAACUUCUUACGGCCCCGUCCGGCCACUCCCACUUCCAUUCCUUCCAAGAUCACCGUCAAUUUCGUGCUUCCCUACGCCUCCGAGCUCUCCGCCAAGGAGGUUGACAUGGUCAUAAUUCCUGCAACAACUGGACAAAUGGGUGUUUUGCCCGGACAUGUACCUACAAUCUCAGAGCUGAAGCCUGGGAUCCUCUCAGUGCAUGAAGGAAAUGAUGUGACAAAGUAUUUCCUUAGUAGUGGGUUUGCUUUUAUCCAUGCUAACUCUGUUGCAGAUAUAAUUGCUGUAGAGGCUGUGCGAAUUGACCAUAUUGACCCAAGCUUGGUCCAGAAGGGCCUAGCAGAAUUUACCCAGAAGCUUAGUUCAGCAACAACUGAGUUGGAGAAAGCUGAGGCCCAGAUUGGUGUUGAGGUUCACAGUGCUCUCAACUCUGCUCUCUCAGGCUAAUGGAGUGAAAUAAAUAUCUUUCAGAGAAAACCCCAUGCUUCUGUAUGGUCAAGAUACCUCUCUACCUGGCAUAUUACUACUUUCCCCUUCGAAAGAUCCUGUCAUUAUGGGAUAUUUGGUUUCUGUCAUACCAAAGGAAGAAAAUAUAUUUUGUUUUCCAGAUUUCGAAGUCUUGAACCGCGGAUUGAAUGUUUUCUCGCACCUAUUUCUUGGAUUUAAGCAAAAUUAAAAGAGGGUGGUGUUCAUA